CUUACCGCCGCAUUUUAUGAGAUGCGAGAUGGAUAGUAGAUUCCAAGCCUCUUUUUACUUUAUUUUGUUUCUGGGUUUGAAAUCGAUUGGCCAUACUCCAACGCCGUAACAUGCGAUGAUACUUAGCAUUUGAUUUUAGGAGCGAAAUAGAAACGAAUUGUCUCUUCUUUUUGUCGGCUUUUGCAGGCGUAGUUCUUUGGUAGCUGAAGCGAUGGCUGGGAAAGUAAGGCAUCCGAUCGAUACGGCGGCGUUGGAACGCUACAUCAGCGAGAAUGUGCCCGAGAUCAAGGUCCCAUUGGACGUGAAGCAGUUCGGCUUCGGCCAAUCCAACCCGACAUACCAACUCACCUCGCCCACGGGCUCCAAAUACGUCCUGCGCAAGAAACCCGCCGGUGAGCUCCUCUCAAAAGCCGCGCACAAAGUCGAGCGCGAGUACCGCGUGAUCUCGGCCCUAGGAUCCUCCCCCGUCCCCGUCCCGCGCGCGUACGCGCUCUGCGAGGACCCCUCCGUCCUCGGCACGCCCUUCUACCUAAUGUCCUUCGUCUCAGGCCGCAUCUUCGAAGACGCGGCCAUGCCCUCCGCCUCCUCCCCCUCCGAACGCACCGCGCUCUGGAAAGCCGCCGUCGAAGCCAUAGCCUCGCUGCACCGCGUGGACCCGGACGCCGUCGGCCUCGGCUCCUUCGGAAAACGUACGGGGUUCUACGACCGGCAGCUAGCGACCUGGUCGCAGAUCUGCGCGGCGCAGGCCCGCACGCGCGACGUCGACACCGGCGCGCCCGUCGGCGAGAUCCCGCACAUGGCCGAGCUGAUGUCCUUCUUCGGCGACGCGACCCUGCGCCCCGCCGACCGCGCCACCCUCGUCCACGGCGACUACAAGAUCGACAACGUCGUCUUCGCCGCCGACGAGCCGCGCGUCGCCGGCAUCCUCGACUGGGAACUAAGCGCCAUCGGACACCCGCUAAGCGACCUAGCCAACCUCCUACACCCGUACGUCAGCGCCUCCAUGUCCACAUCCACAUCCACCUCCUCCUCCUCUGCCGCCAGUGAAAACAAGAAAGCCGCCGUCUCGGCGGUAUCGCACCCGGGCUUCCUCCCCGGCGCAACUCCCGGACUCCCCACGCCCUCGCAGAUCCUAGCCUGGUACGCGGCGGCCGCGGGCUGGACGCCGAGCGCCGAGGAUGUGGCGUGGGCCAGCGCCUUCAGCGUCUUCCGCCUCGCUGCCAUCUGCCAAGGGAUCGCGGCCCGCGUCGCGCGGCGCCAGGCCAGCAGCGCCGAGGCCCAGAAGCACGCCGCCGCCAUGCCGCUCCUCGGCGAGUUCGCCUGGGACCUGGUCAGGCGGGAGCAGGGGAAGGGGAAGGCGAGGGGCGUCGGGGGCGCCAAGUUAUAAGUCGAGCGAUAUGUGAUAUGGUUUGGUUUGCUGUUUUCGAAAUAGGAUGGACCGGGUUGGGGUGGUUGGUAUAUCGGUAUGUGAGGUUAAGGUUCAGAGAGAACUGAAUAUUGAGAGUAGGCUGAGGAAAUCUAACCAGAUUUGAGAAGACCAUGUUGAGACUGAAAUCAAUGUUUGGCUCUUGUACCAUUAAGGACCUGCGAAUGAGUUUUAGGUCUCAAGAUACACACCUAAUAGCAUCAGUUUUGAAUUUACGUCUUCUACAAGCCUUACAUGAACAUAUUGCCCCAUCAGUGCAUUAUAUAUGUACCAUGUUUAGUUCCUAC